AUGGGCUUCAUCUCGGACACAAAGCAGGCCAUUCGAGAUUCACCUAAGGGGAUUUUCAAUUGGUAUGUAUUUAUGUGCACUUGUAUCUUUGCAUUCUCUGGUGUCUCAAAGGGAUUUGAUGAAGGAAAUAUUGCCUCUGUGGUGGUACAAAGUCACUUCAAAAAAGCCUUCAGAUUAGAUGAAGAGUCUGAGGGUCAGUAUGCCAACACCAAGGGUUGGAUUGUAUCUAUCGCUACUGCUGGGGCUGUAUUUGGGUGCCUAGGAUGUCUCCCUAUUGCAGACCGUCUCGGAAGGCGAUGGACGUUGCUCAUUGCGACUUUAUUCUAUAUGGCGGGCGUUCUAGGGCAAGGUCUCAGCAACGGGAAUCUAUCGGGCUUGUACGCCUCAAGAUUCGUCUCGGGAAUUGGAAUUGGUGCCACCACGGUAAUUCCGCCAAUGUAUAUCACGGAGAUUGCUCCUAAAGCCAUUCGAGGUCUUUUGACGCUUCAGUACGCAGCCUGUCAACAAUUGGGUGUUGUAUUCGGCUUCUUUAUAAACUAUGGCGUCACCAAAGCCUACGCUAACACAAAUAUGCAAUGGAUGCUCCCAACGCUCUUACAACUUGUUCCUGCGGUUAUUUGGGGCUCUGGUAUCUUUCUUUGUCCUGAGUCUCCACGGUGGUUGCUUUAUAUUGGUCGACGUGAGGAGGCAAUGACGGCCAUAUCACGUCUGCGCCAUCUUCCCACAGAUCACCCGGUUCUCCAAGCCGAGGUGUCCGGAAUGGACGCACAAAUUCUCCAUGAAUCUGAAGCAAUGGGCAAUGCAAGCCAGUUAGACCUUCUCAAAGAGACCUUUGCGCCUGUUGAGAACCGACGCCGCUUCUUUCUGAUUUUCAUGGCCACGCUAUUCUCGCAGUGGUCAGGCGCAAAUGCCAUCACGCAGUACUCUCCGACAAUUUUCGGCUACUUGGGCAUUUCUGGCGAUGAGUCUAAAUUUUUAGCAACCGGAAUAUAUGCAGUCGUCAAAUUUGUCAGCACGCUCGCCUUCGCAUUAUUCGUUGUUGAUUUUGUCGGACGUCGCCGCUCGCUUAUCGCAGGAAUUAUGCUGCAGAUCGCGACAUUGGUUUAUGUUGGAGGUUACCUCGGUGGAACAAAAGAUAUGAGCACGGACAGUAUUGUCAAUUCACCGGACGCUUCUCGGGCAGCGACCGGUGCAAUUGUUGCUAUUUAUUUUCAUGCUGUGGCAUGGAGCAUUGGCUGGUUCAGUAUCCCGUACCUGAUUGGGUCGGAGAUCUUUCCAACAAGAAUUCGAUCAUUCAACAUGUCAAUCGCAAUGGGGCUUCACUGGGCAUUUUAUUUCGGUUGCUCUCGUGCUAUGCCAAGUCUUCUUGCAGCAAGCGAUAAAUGGGGUGCCUUCGUUUUUUUCAGCUGUAUUUGUUUGAUAUCGCUGAUCUACGUGUGCUUUGCGAUGCCGGAUACAACCGGGAGAUCACUUGAAGCUUUGGACAUUCUCUUCCAACGUCCAUGGUAUACAGUGCACAAAAUUGCCUACGCCGAGAAGGCAGAUAUUCAGAUCGAAACACUAGCUAAAACAGAUACGGGUCCUCGCACCGAUCAUCUUGAAAUGGCUUGA